AUGCUGGGCCAAGCGUGCGUGGCUGGCCGGAAAGUUUUCAUUAUUUGCGUCAUGGCCACGUGCAUCAGGUGUUCCCCCGAAUGGGGACGGUGGACGGCAGACCGCUAGUACUGGGUGUCGGCUGGCGCCGGCCAUGCUGCUAAUCCACACCGUGCUCCGGGGCAGAGGAGGCGCGGCAAAGACUGGUGGAGUUUUAUUUGAUUUUAUUAUUUAUUUAAUGAGGGGCACAGCGGAGCCCUUCCUGAGACUCCACAACUUGUACUCCACCCCGCGCUGCGCCAGGCAGGCCGCUCUGCCCCGGCUGAGCCGCCGGGUGGUCAGCCAGCACUCCUACCCGCUGAAUCGCUUCUCGUCUGUGCCCUUGGACCCCAUGGAGCGCCCCACCUCCCAGGCGGACCUGGAGCUGGAUUACAACCCUCCCCGCGUGCAGCUCAGCGAUGAGAUGUUCGUCUUCCAGGACGGGCGGUGGGUGAACGAGAACUGCCGCCUGCAGUCGCCGCACUUCUCCCCCUCCUCCUCGUUCCACCAUAAGCUGCACCACAAGAGGCUGGCCAAGGAGUACCUGCUGCAGGAGGAGAACAAGUGUCUGCGGGAGGAGAACAAGGCGCUGCGGGAGGAGAACAGGACGCUCCGCAAAGAGAACAAGAUCCUGCAGAUCUUCUGGGAGGAGCACAAGGCGUCGCUGGGCCGGGAGGAGAGCAGGGCCUCCACGCCGCUGCUGCACAGGGACAGCCUGGCCCUGGAGGUGGGGAAGAAGGACCCGGCGCCGCAAGUGCACCGCAGCAGGGAGACGAGCACGCUGCAGCUCCUCAGGGAGGAGAACCGGGCCCUGCAGCAGCUGCUGGAGCAGAGGAAGGCCUACUGGGGCCAGACGGAGGAGAAGGCGGCCCCUGCGGAGGAAAACAAGCCUGCGCCCUCGCCCCAUGAGGAGCCCCAUGGCCCCGGGCUGCUGCCGGACCAGGGCACAGGCCUCUCCUCCCCCUUCGAGGAGCCCAAGAGGCCCUCCACGCCGCAGGAGGACUCCAAGACGCUCCGCGCCCUGCGCGAGAUGGUCAACAGCCUGUCGGGGUCCUCCGGCGAGGAGGGCAAGGCGGGCCCGGGCCUGCCGGACGGCAGCCAGUGCUUGGAGCUGCUGAGAGAGAUGAACCAGGCGCUGCAGGCCCUGCGGGAGGAGAACCAGAACCUGCAGGUCCUCCGCGAGGAGAACCGGCUCCUGCAGGAGGAGAACAGGGCCCUGCACGCGCUGCGCGAGGAGCACAGGCUCUUCCAGGAGGAGAACAAGGCGCUGUGGGAGAACAACAAGCUGAAGCUGCAGCAGAAGCUGGUCAUCGACACGGUGACCGAGGUCACCGCCCGCAUGGAGAUGCUCAUCGAGGAGCUCUACGCCUUCAUGCCGGCCAAGAACAAAGACCCCAAGAAGCCCAGCAGGAUCUGAGGCCGCCAAGGCGCACGGAGGCGGCGAGCGCCAGGCACAGAGCGCUCGGCAAGCAAACCUCCUGCCUGCCUUCCGUCUUCCUCGCCUUCGCCCGCCAGUUCGUGCCUGUUGAGGAGCAGAAUUAUCCGCCUCCCUAAACUCAAAGUGGUAAUAAAGGCGCGAGGAGCCCGGGGCCAGUUAACACCGGUCUGCUGCUCUGCCUUCUUUUUCUUUCUUUUUUGUUUUUUAGAGCAGUUUUAGGUGCACAGUAAAAUUGAGCAGAAGGGACAGAGAUUUCUCACAGACCCUCUGCCCCGCAUAUGCAUAGCCUCCCUCAGUGUCAACAUCCCCCACCAGAGUGGCACAUGUGUUACCACUGAUGACCCUGCACUGACACAUGAUAAUCAUGCAAAGUCCAUAGUUUACAUUAGGGGUCACUCUUGGUGUACAUUCUGUGGUUUUGGACAAAUGUAUAAUGACAUGUAUCCACCAUUAUAGUAUCAGAGUAUUUUCACUGCCCUAAAAAUUCUCUGUGCUCCACCUGUUCCUCCCUCCCUCCUAACCCCUGGCAAUCACUGAUCUUUUUAGUCUCCAUAGUUUUGCCUUCUCCAAAUGUCAUAAAGUUGGAAUCAUACACCUGUA